CUAUAAUGAUGCAUGGAAAGUCCCCCAUCUACGUGUCUCUGGGAUCGCGCUUGUUUUAUGGAUCUCGACGGCAAGUAGGACUACUUAUGCUGCUGCUUUAUGUGGUCGACAUAGUGGGUGGACAGAUUCGGUAUUCUGUGCCAGAAGAAAUGAAAAAAGGCUCUGUUAUCGGCAACGUAGCACAAGAUCUCGGUUUGGAUCUUAGGCGGCUGCGCUCUGGUCGGGCCCGUAUCGUCACCGGAGAGAACGGUCAGUACACCGAGCUGAAGACAGACAAAGGGAUUCUGGUCGUGAAUAACAGAAUCGACCGAGAGCAGCUCUGUGGAGACAUAACGCCGUGCAGCUUCAGCUUUGAGGUCAUCUUAGAAAACCCCAUGGAGUUGCACAGAGUAACGGUUGAGGUAUUAGACAUUAAUGAUCACGCCCCCGUCUUCUCAGAUAAAGAUAAACCGAUCCGUUUCGAAAUAAGUGAAUCAGCUACUGUAGGUGUGCAAUUCCCUCUGCAGAGUGCGGAGGAUCCCGAUGUGGGUCAAAACGCAUUACAAGACUAUAUUUUAUCACCAAACGAUAAUUUUAUAUUGAGGCAACAUACGAAUCCAGACGGAAGUAAAUAUGUCGAAAUGGUGCUCCAGAAACCUUUAGACAGGGAGAGAAACCCCAGCUUUUCUUUGUCAUUAAUCGCAGUGGACGGAGGAACACCGAAGAGAUCUGGCACAGUUCAAAUAGACGUUACGGUGUUAGAUGUAAAUGACAACGCUCCCGUGUUCAACCAGUCAGUCUACAAAACAUCAGUGACAGAAAACACAGCGAAAGGCACCAGCGUGAUAACUGUAAACGCCACAGAUGCUGACAGUGGUUUAAAUGGACUCAUUGUCUACAGUUUGUCUAAAAUGAAAGGUAGUGCGUCGGAUAUAUUUUGUAUUGAUGAACAUACUGGCCUAAUUUCCGUUUCUGGUCAAAUAGACUAUGAGAAAGAUAAGAAAUAUGAGGUGAGGGUGGAGGCAAAAGAUCAGGGAGGUCUAACCGGAACCAGUAAAGUGGUUUUUGAGGUUAUUGAUGUCAAUGACAAUCCUCCACUUAUUAAUAUUAUGUCAUUCUCUAGUCCGGUAUCUGAGAACUCACCUCCUGGCACAACUGUGGCUAUUUUGAACAUAAAAGAUGCAGAUUCUGAGAACAAUGGGCAAAUAAAGUGUUCCUUAAAUGAAAAAGCUCUAUUUAAAAUAGAAUCGUCUAUAACAAACUAUUACAAUUUAGUCUCUGAUCAGCAUUUCGAUAGAGAAUCUGUCCCAGAAUAUAACAUAACUAUAACAGCUACUGAUUUUGGUUCUCCGGCUCUUUCCAGCUCAACCAUAUUGCAUCUUAAAAUUUCUGACGUGAAUGACAACGCACCAUUGUUUGACAAAAAAAGUUACUUUGCUCAAAUCACGGAAAAUAAUUCACCAGGACUUUCUGUGUUUAGCGUAAAUGCGCAGGACGCUGACUGGAACCAAAACGCGAAAGUGUCAUAUUUUUUAGAGGACACUCUGGUCAAUGGUAGUCCAGUUUCUAGCUAUGUGUCUUUAAACUCUGAGACUGGAGUUGUUAGCGCGGUUCGCUCCUUUGACUACGAGCAGAUCAAAGACUUCCAGUUCCGCGUCAAAGCUCAGGAUGGAGGUUCUCCUCCACUCAGCAGUAACGUGACGGUGAAAAUCCUGAUCCAGGACCAGAACGACAACCCUCCUCAGGUUCUGUACCCAGUCCAGACUGGGGGCUCUAUGGUGGCUGAGAUGGUGCCUCGUUCAGCAGAUGUGGGCUAUCUGGUGACUAAAGUGGUGGCUGUGGAUGUGGACUCUGGACAGAACGCCUGGCUCUCCUAUAAACUGCAGAAAGCCACAGACAGGGCGCUGUUUGAAGUGGGCUUACAGAAUGGAGAAAUCAGAACCAUCCGCCAAGUGACUGAUAAAGACGCAGUCAAGCAGAGGCUGAGUGUUAUAGUGGAGGACAACGGGCAGCCCUCUCGUUCAGCUACAGUCAUUGUUAACGUGGCGGUGGCGGACAGCUUCCCUGAAGUGCUGUCGGAGUUCACGGACUUUACACACGACAAGGAGUACAAUGACAACCUGACUUUUUACUUAGUUCUGGCUCUGGCUGUGGUUUCCUUCCUGUUCAUCACGUGUUUAGUGGUCAUCAUAUCAGUCAAAGUGUACAGGUGGAGACAGUCUCGCAUCCUGUAUCACUCCAACCUGCCUGUGAUUCCAUAUUAUCCACCACGUUACUCAGACACUUUGGGGACAGGGACUCUCCAACACGUGUACAACUACGAGGUGUGCAGGACCACUGACUCCAGAAAGAGUGACUGUAAGUUCGGCAGAGCCGGUAGUCAGAACGUGCUGAUCAUGGAGCCCGGUUCAACGGGGACGAUGCAGAGGAUGCAGAGUGAAAAGAGCAUCCUGGACGAACCAGACUCUCCUCUAGAGGUCAGUUGAGAUUCAUUUUAUUGUAUAUUUAAAUUCUUGGUCAAUUUUUCUAUUUGAUUUUUCCGCUAUAAACAGCUGAAUGGCAUGCAUUCACUUUCAGAACCAUGGACAGCACUAAUUUAGUGCAUUCGGACAAAUGGGAUAUUUGCAAUAGCACGUUUUGCGAACUUGUGCUUAAUAGUCAUAACGCAUUUGUGUUUUAAUUAAUAGGACACGAUGGACAAAUUUGUAAUAGGAGUCUUCUUUACCAUAGCAUUUGCAUAUUCAUUUCACCUGCAAAUCGAAUCUAAAGUCACACCUCCAUUCCAUGGCAUUUGUUCUCAACCUACUGUACCUAAUCCCACCUUUACAUUCUAUUCUUUUCUGCAAGUAAAACAGCUAUUUGUUUUAUUUUAGUUAUUCGAAAGUGCAAAUCAAAUAUAUUUGCUUCUUCUAUUAAACAUGAUUUUAUGUUACAACUUUUAUUGUAAUUGUUCAAAGUCAAGCUCUCCUUCAAAUUAUGCAUUUAAAAAUGAGUUUGUAGUCAAGACACACUAACUAGGUAAUUAUUUUGUUGGUUGUUCGUACAACUUUGUUUGUAUUAAAUUUUUGUACUUA